AAUAUUCAGAGUACCAGUCUUCUGAUGAACUCGGGCACUGUUUAAGGACACAACAGUAAGUGACAAUAUUUAAAAUUGUAUCUACAGAGUGACUAUUUAAAUCCCUUAAUAAAUUACUGAUGUACUGCACUUGUUGCACUGUGAUCUCUAAACAGUGAGAAAUUAAACACUGUUAAAAAAUUAAAACAAUGGAAUUCUGAAACAAUACUCAAUACUUAGUAAAUAAAGUGCCAUAAAUGAUGUAAACAUUUAUUCCCAGGCACUGAACUUUGAUGCAGAGAUGGUUUUCUGGAGCUGUUUAUUGUCACUCUUUCUCUGGCUCAGAGUGUCACCAGUGAAUGUCGGUGGAUGGAGCGCUGUAGUGAAUGAAUCAAUGGGUUUGUCUGGAUCAUGUGUGGUGAUUCCCUGUACAUUCAGCUACCCUGCUAAUGGAAGAACAUACACAGAAUUUACAGGAAUUUGGUACACAAAGAAUUAUGAGUCAAAAGUAUACCAUACAGACACCUCAGAAAUCAGUGACUCAUUCAAAGGUCGCACUAGCCUCAUUGGUGAUUUGCGCAAAAAUGACUGUUCUUUGAAAAUCAGCUCUCUAAGCAGCAGUGACACUGGACCAUUCAUGUUCCGGAUUGAGAUUAAAGAUUUGGACAAGUACACCUAUGUGGACAAUAAAGUUUCCAUAACAGUGAAAGAAACACCAGAUAAUCCUACCGUCUCUGUGGAAGAGGAAGUGACAUCAGGAAAACUGGUGACUGCAACCUGUGAUGUGUUUCAUUCCUGUCCGUCAGACCUGCCUAAUGUCACCUGGAGCCACGCUGGCACACACUCGAGUUCAUCACAGCCACAAAAUCAUGGUCAAUGGAAGCUGACAUCUUACAGCCUGACCUUCACUCCUUCUAGAGAAGACAAUAAUAAACAUCUCAACUGCUCUGCAGAGUUUAAAGGGAAGACAGUGAUAGGCUACAAAACACUCACAGUUAAAUAUCCUCCAUAUAAUGUCAACGUGAUCACUAAACCCUCAGUGAAGGAGAAUGACUCUGUGGAACUGACCUGCUCCAGUAACAGCAAUCCUCCUGCAAACAGCUACCAGUGGUUCAGCUCAGAUGGGAUGAUGUUAGCAAAGAGCCCCACUUACAAACUAGAGAGAGUGUCUCGACAUUCUGAGGCCAUUUACUGUACAGCCAUUAACACAGAGGGAAAAAACAGUUCUGAUCCACAGAAAAUUAGCGUGCUGUAUCCUCCAUAUAAUGUAAACGUGGUCACUAAACCCUCAGUGAAGGAGAAUGACUCUGUGGAACUGACCUGCUCCAGUAAAAGCAAUCCUCCUGCAAACAGCUAUCAGUGGUUCAACUCAAAUGGGAUGAUGUUAGCAAAAAGCCCCACUUACAAACUGGAGAGAGUGUCUCGACAUACUGAGGCCAUUUCCUGUACAGCCAUUAACACAGAGGGAAAAAACAGUUCUGCUCCACGGAAACUUAAUAUAUUGUAUCCUCCUGAGAUUAAAAGUGAAUCUUCUUGCCAGUCUAAGAUUUUGACGGUGUGUGUCUGUAUUGUGGACUCCAACCCUCCCAGCGAAGUCAAGUGGUUUGGUCCAGAUUCCUCGAAAGCCUUCUCCAGCACCAGCAUUAAACAAAAUGAGUCUCUUACCAUAUUCACCUUACAGGGUUGGCUGGGUUUACCUGAGACUAUCCAGUGCUUUGCCAAUAACAGUCUGGGAAGUUUUUCCCUAACUUUGGAAGCUCCUCAAAAUGGCAUAAUAAUAUACAUUGGUGUUGCAUCAGCUGUUGUAGUUGUUUUAGUCACCAUUUUAGUGUGUGUUAUGAGAAGACGCUGUGGGAAGAGAGCUAUACAACAAUCUGUAAUGAAGAAUAAACAGACUGAAAUGAAGACAACCCAAAACAAUAAAGAAGCGAGCAGUGAUGGAGAUAUUUACACAAACUGCCUAGACAGUCUUGUUUAUGACAACUGGGAGUGUGAUGUGAAACCAUUCUCAUCUGACCGCACCUUGGAAUACGAAGCAAUCUACACUAACGUGUGAAAAAAGGGACACAUGCCGUCCAACUAGAAAUGACAGACACAGAAGAAAAAGACCCCAAAACGGCAAACAAAUGUUUGUUGACUUCUGCAGAUCUGAUUAUGCACAGAAAACGUUCAGAUCCAAAAAUGUUUUGCAACUGAAAAAAAGUAUGGUUUAUUAAUAUAAUAUUUUUGUACGCUUUUUAUAUUUGAUGAAUGUAUAAAGACAUAUGUUUAUGCAUAUUAUGGAUAGUGCAAUUGAGUUUAAAUGUCACUCUAAGUCAUCAAAUAGAAAUAAAACAAGUAUUAACAUAAAAUAUGAUGUAAAUAUGAUCAGAAGAGGACUUAGUGGUUUGGGAGCCCCAACAAACCAAACCCUAUUUUGCUCUCUCUUUCUCUCUCUCUCUCUCUCUCUUAGUUUCACUCAUAUCAUAGUUUGGAGUUUGAUGUUAUUCUAAAGCCAUUUUACCUUGUUUUUCAGAUCACAUGCAAUAAAUAUGUUCAU